AUGACAACUGUGAAGGCUAAUCGUGAAGCUCAAAUGCUGAAGUUGAAGGAGGAGAGAGAGGCAAAGCGUUCCCACAUUGAUGAGCGCCAUACUUACAUCCUACAGACAGUGGCCGAUGGGCUGGGACUGGAAUACAAUGAGGUGGAGGACUGUGUCCUUGAAGGCAAUCAGCUGACUGUAAUGGACCAGUUUCUACAGCCUAAUGGAAUGUCCCAACUUCUGUUUUAUUAUCAAGAACCAGAGGAAAAGGAGAGUGUGGACUACCGUGUAGGGCCACCUCCGACCAAGGUAGCGCGGUCCUCCAAACCAAAAGUGUUCGUAACAAAUGGCCGUGACAUUCCUCUACGCGGAGUUUGUCUGAUCUUUACUAAGGUGGCUCCCCACGGCACUGCCAUUACUGAACUUAACAUUUCCAAGGAGAUAAACUUCACAAGGUUGGACACAGUAUCAGCAGGAAAGAAUGGUAGUGGCCUGCUAAAUGCUGUGGAACAUCUCCUGUCCAGUAUCUUUAUUCCUGCCCUCAAGAAGCUUAAUCAGGGCUGGGGAGAGCUGAGCAGUCCCUCGGGAGCCCAAGUCAGAACCGAUUUCCUCAAUGCACUGGACUCCUUUGUAACCGUAUUAGUUGGUGCCCAGGAGAGUCUGGGACAGAAGGUGACAUUGAAGGAAUGCGAGACGUAUGACUUGUCUAAGAUUCAGACCCCAGCUGAUUACCAGGCAGUAGCAAACAGCUCUGAGGCCCUAGAAGGCAUAGAAAACACCAUGAUGGUUUGGCUCAAACAGCUGGAACAGGUCCUGGCAGAGAGUGAACAGAUGAGAAAGGAGGCAGAUGAUAUUGGUCCACGUGCUGAACUUGACCACUGGAAGAAGCGGAUGUCUCGUUUUAAUUACCUCCUAGAUCAAAUCAAAGGACCCAAUGUCAAGGCUGUUCUGGGUGUUCUUCAUACGUCACAGUCCAAACUUAUCAAGAACUGGCAAGAGCUGGAUAGGAGGAUCACAGACCUGGCCAAUGAGGCAAAGGAUAAUGUGAAGUUUCUGUACACACUGGAGAAGUUCUGUGACCCACUCUACAACAGUGACCCGGUGGGUAUGCUCGAGGGAAUUCCAGGAUUGAUCAACGCCAUCCGUAUGAUACACUCAAUCUCCCGAUACUACAACACAUCUGAAAGAAUGACCUCGCUCUUUGUCAAGAUCACCAAUCAAAUGAUCACGGCGUGUAAGGCCUACAUCAACUGUAACAAGACAGAGACAGUUUGGACGCAGGAACAAGAUGUCGUGGUCAAGAAACUCCAUGAUUGUAUCAAACUAAAUGAGGAGUAUCAACGCUGCUUCCACAAGACCAAGGAAAAGCUGGAGAAGAUGCCCAACGAAAGGCCGUUUGAAUUCUCAGAAAUGUAUAUAUUUGGAAAGUUUGAUACUUUCACUCGAAGACUGAAGAAGAUUAUAGAAAUCUUUGACACCAUUUUACUGUAUUCCCACCUGUCUGAAUCCAAAAUCGAAGGGAUAGAACAGAUGGCGAACAGGUUCGUAGUCAUAGUGACAGCCAUGAAGAAAAAGCCAUAUGACUUCCUGGAUCAGAGGAAGACCGAGUUUGAUAUGGACUAUGAUGAGUUCAAGAGACAAGUGGCAGAACUUCAUUCUAACAUUAUGGGAUUCAUGGAUGGCAAAUUUGAGAAGAUUUCCAAUACUGCUCGCUCCAUAGUUCUGCUCAGACGAUUUGAGCGGUUGGAACUGCCAAACCUGGGAAUUCCAGAAAAAUACCACAGGAUCCUGGGACACUAUGGACGUGACAUUGAGAUGGUGUCCAAACUGUAUCAGAAAAACAAAAAUGACCCUCCUGUGGCCAGGGAUCUGCCACCCAUAGCAGGUAAGAUCGCAUGGGCCAGGCAGCUGUACCGCCGAAUCCUGGAGCCAAUGGAGGUAUUCCAAAAACAGACCAAUCUCCUAGAGAGUAACGAGGCCAAGAAAAUUAUCAAGAACUACAACAAGUUGGCCAAGGUGCUGCUGGAGUUUGAGGUUCUGUACCAUCGUGGCUGGCUUAGACAGGUGGAGGCUGCUCGCUCAGGACUCCAAGCCUCACUGCUAGUGCGUCACCCAGAAACCUCAGAAUUGUAUGUAAACUUUGAUCCUCAAAUUCUGACCAUGAUUCGUGAGACUGAGUGCAUGGCACGUCUAGGACUAGAGAUUCCAUCGCUAGCUCGGACAAUGCGCGCCAAACAGUCGGAGUUCAAAGAAAAUUAUGAGGCCCUUCAGAUGAUGCUACAGGAGAACCAGCGUGUUCGCAGCAAAAUUCCGACAGCGUUUGAGGCGCUGAUGGGGCCACACACAAGUAAAGUGGACUCAACCAUUGACCCAGGCCUUAACACACUGACUUGGACCUCUCUCAAUAUCAAAGACUAUAUCAGUGAAGUAUAUACCGAACUUCAGGAUCUUGAGUUGCUCAUGGAUCGUGCACAUGAUGUAACAGAAUUCAGAAUAGACGCAGUCCUCAAGGAGAUGGCGACUACCAACCUAUGCCAACUGCCUGAAGAGGAGCCCUGGACUGUUGACCACUUCCUUGACAACACACAAAUGUUGUGUGCCAAGGGUGCACAACUCUUGCAGACCAAAUCCAUGGUGGUGGAAGAGGCAGCCAAUGAACUAAUAAACAUGUUGUGUACGCUUGAAAUGGAAGAGGAAGAUGGUCAUGAAGAAGAGAGAGGAAGUCCAAAAGGAAGUCCAACCGCUUCUGCCCGGGAUCGCUCGGCUAGCAGACGGUCACGUCCUGUAUCAUCCAAGGCCAACGCUGUGGCGAAAAAGAAACGAGAAAUGAGGGAAAGUAUUGAGGAGGCAGCUAAUGAGUUACUGGCUCAUUUCAACCAUCGUAACCAAGAUGCCUUGUUAAAGGUGACACGAAACACCCUGGAGUCACUCAGGAAGAGGAUCACAUCUUCCUCCAUGGUUCACUACUUAGGUGAAUCCAACAGUGCCAAGGGAGAUAAAAAAGACAGUCGACCAUUUUUCAAGACGUUUGCUACUCUGGCCAUUCCUAACAUUGUAAUGCAGCCAGCCUUGGACGAGGUGCAGCAGGCAGUCAACAAGGCUGCACAAAAGAUCAUCCUCGUCUCCAAAGGUGUUGCCAAAUGGAGUGAGGAGAGGAAACGUGUCACUAAACCACAGCUGGUCAGAUCAGGGUCGGCGAGUCGUCGUAACAGUAUAGUGAGUAACGCUGCAUCAGAGGUAUCACACUCCGCUAAGAAAGGUGAGGAGGAAGUUCAGGCAGCGCCAAGCUACGUCAUACAACAACAAGUCAAGAAUUACUACAAGGCUGUGUCAGAGAACAAAGAAGUGUCCAAACUGGUAUCUCUCCUCUCCACCGCCAUCAACUCCAACAAGAAGGAAGUGACAACUGCUCUGGACAAGUUUGCUGAAUACCACCCAAUCUGGGAGGUAGACCGUGAUGAGGACCUAGUCGAAUUCACCAAGGAGAAACGCAGUCUGUCAGAGUAUGAAGCCAAGAUCAAACAUUACGAGGAACAGGAGGUGAAGAUUGCUAAUCUCCCCGAGUACUAUGAUGUGGGACCAAUAGCCCUGUACACAGAGAACUUGAAACUAGGCCUGACUACAGAGACAAAAGCAUGGCGACUACACUAUGGAAAGGCAUGUAACACCAAGUACAUGACUGAGAUGGAAGAAAUCUUCAACUUCAUGGAAGACAUGGCUAAGCGGUUGGCACGGCCUCUCAAGGAUCUGGAUGAUAUCAGAUUUACCAUGGCUGCCCUCAAAGACAUCCGUGAAAACGAGAUAAGGAUUGACAUGAGCAUUGCACCUAUAGAGGAAUCCUAUGCCAUGCUGAUCAAACAUGAGUUGCCAGUGAAUAAGGAGGAGAUGGAACGCUGUGAUACGCUGCGAUAUUCGUGGGAAAAACUUCAGGUUCAACAGUCAGAGAUGCAGACACAGCUACUGGCUGUACAGCCUGAUUUCAAGUCGGACCUUAUCGAAAAUGUCAAAGAGUUCAAAACGGACUGUGAUCACUUCUUUGUGGAUUAUGAUGAUAAUGGCCCUAUGGUGACUGGGGUGGCCCCACGUGAGGCCUCCGACAGACUGGUGAUAUUCCAGAAUACAUUUGACAUCCUGUAUAAGAAGUUUGUCACUUACACUGGUGGAGAAGGCCUGUUUGGACUUCCAGUCUCUGAAUCUCCAACACUACUCAAGAUCAAAAAGGAGCUUAAUCUCCUUCAGAAGCUGUACGGUCUCUACAACAAUGUGCUGGAGACUGUACAUGGCUACUACGACAUUCUCUGGACAGACAUUAACAUCGAAAAGAUCAACAAUGAACUGAUUGAGUUCCAGAACAAAUGUCGUAAGCUGCCAAGAGCUCUUAAGGACUGGCCAGCUUUUGAGGAUCUGAAAAAGACAAUUGAUGACUUCAAUGAGAUGGUACCUCUACUAGAGCUGAUGACCAACAAGGCCAUGAAACCACGUCAUUGGCAACGUAUGUCUGACGUUACUGGGCACGUGUUUGAUGUAGAGGGAGAUAACUUCAUGCUCAAGAACAUUCUGGAAGCUCCACUCUUGCAGUUUAAGGAAGAAAUUGAGGACAUUUGUAUCUCAGCUGUAAAGGAGAAGGACAUCGAAGCCAAACUCAAACAAGUCAUCAAUGACUGGAAUAAUCAAGAAUUUACAUUUGGACAGUUUAAGACAAGGGGUGAACUUCUGCUGCGUGGUGAUACUACUGGCGAGGUUGUCUCCCUUAUGGAAGACUCUCUUAUGGUACUCAGCUCUUUAAUGAGUAACAGGUACAAUGUGCCAUUUAAGAAGCAGAUCCAGUUGUGGGUACAAAACCUGACAAACUCAUCUGAGAUCAUUGAGAACUGGAUGACAGUACAGAACUUGUGGGUAUACCUAGAGGCUGUGUUUGUGGGUGGUGACAUUGCCAAACAGCUGCCAAAGGAAGCUAAGAGAUUCAGCAACAUUGACAAAUCUUGGAUCAAGAUAAUGACUCGAGCCCAUGAGACACCCAAUGUGGUCCAGUGUUGUGUUGGUGACGAGACUCUCAUGCAGCUUCUCCCUCAUCUACUGGAGCAGCUUGAGCUUUGCCAGAAAUCUCUUACUGGAUAUCUUGAGAAGAAGCGUCUGUUGUUCCCGAGAUUUUUCUUUGUGUCGGAUCCCGCCCUGCUUGAGAUCCUGGGACAGGCCAGUGACCCCCACACUAUACAGGCUCACCUUCUGUCAGUGUUUGACAACAUCAAGUCUGUCAAGUUCCAUGAGAAGUUCUAUGACAUCAUUCUCUCUAUUUUCUCCUCGGAGGGAGAAACCAUUGAUCUGGAAAAACAUGUAAAAGCAGAAGGUAAUGUAGAAGUAUGGCUGAUGAAUCUGAUGAUGAUGGCACAGAGGUCACUCCAUGGUGUCAUCAGAACAGCUGCCAUUGCUAUCCAGGACAACAACUUCCAGCUCCUCGAGUUCCUGGAUAUGUUUCCAGCACAGGUGGGACUCCUGGGACUGCAGAUGAUCUGGACACGAGACUCCACAGAUGCUCUCACACAUGCACGCUAUGAUCGUAAGAUCAUGCAGCAAACAAACCAAGCUUUCCUUGAUCUUCUGAACACACUUAUUGACCAGACAACUCACGACCUGACCAAGGUGGAGAGGACAAAGUUUGAGACUCUGAUCACCAUCCAUGUCCAUCAAAAGGACAUCUUUGACGACAUGGUGCGUUUGCACAUCAAAUCUCCUGCUGACUUUGAGUGGAUGAAACAGUCACGUUUCUACUUCAUUGAAGACCAGGAUCGCUGUCUCAUCUCUAUCACAGAUGUAGACUUCAUCUACCAGAAUGAAUUCCUCGGUUGUACAGAACGUCUUGUCAUCACUCCUCUCACUGACAGGUGCUACAUCACCCUCGCCCAGGCUUUGGGUAUGUCUAUGGGUGGAGCUCCAGCUGGACCUGCCGGAACUGGCAAAACAGAGACCACCAAGGACAUGGGGCGAUGUCUUGGAAAAUAUGUUGUUGUCUUCAACUGCUCUGAUCAGAUGGACUUCCGUGGUCUGGGCCGUAUCUACAAAGGGUUGGCACAGUCAGGAUCCUGGGGAUGUUUUGAUGAGUUCAAUCGUAUUGAACUUCCUGUACUGUCUGUUGCUGCUCAACAGAUUGCCAUUGUGCUCUCUGCAAAGAAAGAACGAAAGAAGAAUUUCAUCUUCACUGACGGAGACAAUGUAGCAAUGAACCCUGAAUUUGGAAUCUUCUUGACAAUGAACCCUGGUUAUGCUGGUCGGCAGGAACUGCCCGAAAAUCUGAAGAUCAACUUCCGUACAGUCGCCAUGAUGGUUCCAGACCGACAGAUCAUUAUCCGUGUGAAACUUGCCAGUGUUGGUUUCAUAGAAAACAUUGUCUUGGCUCGUAAGUUCUUUACUCUCUACAAACUUUGUGAGGAGCAGCUUACUAAACAGGUCCACUAUGACUUUGGUCUACGAAACAUCUUGUCCUGUCUCAGAACACUGGGAACUGUGAAGCGUGCAAACCCUCAUGACCCAGAGUCGACCUGUGUGAUGCGUGUGCUACGUGACAUGAACUUAUCCAAGCUGGUGGAUCAGGAUGAACCCUUGUUCUUAUCCCUCAUUGACGAUCUGUUCCCUGGUGUCACUCUCGACAAAGGAGGCUACCCAGAAUUGGAAGGUGCUAUUGACAGACAAAUAGAGGAAGCAAAACUCGUCAAACAUCCAUCAUGGAGGCUGAAAUUGAUUCAGCUGUUUGAGACCCAACGUGUACGUCAUGGAAUGAUGACCUUAGGACCUAGUGGAACAGGGAAGACCUGCUGUAUUCAUACUCUGAUGAAGGCCAUGACAGAAUGUGGGGAACCCCACAAAGAGAUGAGAAUGAACCCCAAGGCCAUCACUGCACCUCAGAUGUUUGGGCGUCUGGAUGUCGCUACCAACGAUUGGACUGACGGCAUAUUCUCCACACUCUGGCGACGUACUCUGAGGACUAAAAAAGGAGAUCACGUAUGGCUGGUUUUGGAUGGUCCUGUCGAUGCUAUAUGGAUUGAGAACUUGAACUCUGUACUUGAUGACAAUAAGACCUUGACCUUGGCAAACGGUGACCGUAUCCAGAUGGCACCGACUUGUAAGAUCAUCUUUGAGCCCCACAACAUUGACAAUGCAUCACCUGCUACUGUCUCCAGGAACGGUAUGGUGUUCAUGAGUAGCUCGGGUCUGGACUGGAGCCCUAUUCUACAGGGCUGGCUAAACAACCGCUCUCUGGCCGAGCAGGGCAUCAUCAUGGACCUGUUUGAGAGAAGCUUUAAACAGCUGUACCAGUACAGUGUACAGAACUUUGAAUUCAAGAUGGAUGUGUUGGAGGCCUUUGUCAUUACACAGGCAACCAAAAUCUUGACUGGUUUGAUCCCGGUGAAGGAUGACAAAGACAGCGGUCAGAUCACUGCUGCCCACUAUGAACGUCUGUACAUAUUCACGUUAAUGUGGAGCAUCGGAGCCUUCCUCGAGUUAGAUGAUCGUGCCAAGCUGGAGGAGUAUAUCCGCAACAAUGAUGAAAUCAAACUGGACCUGCCCCCCUGCAGACAUGAUUCAGACGAGUCCAUGUUUGACUACUUUGUCAACAAUGAAGGUCAGUGGGAACAUUGGGAGAAAAAGGUGCAAACAUAUGACUACCCAGCUGAUUCCACACCGGAGUACAGCAGUAUCCUUGUCCCAAAUGUGGACAAUGUACGGACGGAGUACCUCAUCAGUAUCAUCGCUAAACAAGACAAGGCCGUGCUUCUCAUUGGAGAGCAGGGUACUGCCAAGACAGUCAUGAUAAACGGCUUCAUGAGUCAUUACAAUCCUGAGUACCAUCUGGCUCAGUCCCUCAACUUCUCCUCAGCCACCACACCCUACAUGUUCCAGCGAACCAUUGAGAGCUACGUUGAGAAGAGGGUCGGUUCCACCUACGGCCCAACAGCUGGAAAGAAGAUGACCGUCUUUAUUGACGACAUUAACAUGCCCACAAUCAAUGAAUGGGGAGACCAGGUUGGUAACGAGAUUGUCCGACAACUCUUCGAAAUGAAAGGAUUCUACAACCUGGAGAAACCUGGUGACUUCACCAACAUUGUGGAUGUACAGUUCAUGGCUGCCAUGAUCCAGCCUGGAGGAGGUCGUAAUGACAUUCCCCAGCGUCUAAAGCGACAGUUUGUCAUCAUCAACUGUACUCUGCCCUCCAACUCGUCCAUCGACAAAAUCUUCAGUGUUAUUGGCUGUGGCCAUUAUGUGUCUGAACGAGGCUUUAGUGAACCUGUCCGUGACAUCGUGAAAAAACUGGUGCCCAUCACCCGUCGCCUGUGGCAACUCACAAAGAUUAAGAUGUUACCUACACCAGCUAAGUUCCAUUACAUCUUCAACUUGAGAGAUUUGUCAAGGAUCUGGCAGGGAAUGAUCAACACCAUUGAUCAGGUGAUUAAGACCCCCGAGACUGUCCUUCAUCUGUGGAAACAUGAAUGCUGUCGUGUCAUUGCUGACAGGUUUACGGGAGUAGAUGACUUCAACUGGUUUACCAAAACAAUGGGUCGAGUGGUCAGUGAAGAGCUCGGCGAAGCUUAUGGAACAUGUAUCGAUCCAACUCACUAUUUUGUUGACUUUCUAAGGUUUGUCCUUAUGGAUGACUAUCAUUGGUUCGAAAAAACUAUACAACGAAUCAUCGGUGAGGAUCUCGGGGAAGAAUAUCUAGAAACUACGAAAACAACGCCAUACUUCAUGGAUUUUAUGAGAGAUGCAGCAGAAGCCACAGGAGAUGAACCUGAUGAUGCCGACUUUGAGGCCCCAAAGAUUUAUGAAGCGAUUGAGAGUUUUGAACAGUUAGAGGAGCGCCUCCAGAUGUUCUUGGCACAGUAUAAUGAAGGAAUUCGAGGUUCAGGAAUGGACUUGGUGUUCUUUAAGGAUGCAAUGACCCACUUGGUGAAGGUAUCUCGUAUCAUCCGUACCCCGCGUGGACAUGCCCUACUCGUAGGUGUAGGUGGAUCAGGGAAACAAUCUCUAACCAGACUCGCCUCAUUCAUCGCUGGGUACAAGACAUUCCAAAUCACUUUGACUCGGUCAUACAAUGUAUCCAACCUUCUGGAAGAUCUCAAGUACCUGUACCGUACUGCAGGUGCCCAGGGCAAAGGUAUAACCUUCAUCUUCACAGACCAGGAGAUCAAGGAUGAGGGCUUCCUGGAAUAUCUCAACAAUGUCCUGUCCUCUGGUGUGGUGGCCAACCUGUUUGCUCGUGAUGAAAUGGAUGAGAUUAUGGGAGAAUUGAUCCCGAUUAUGAAGAAAGAAUUCCCGCGACGUCCACCCAGUAACGAGAACCUGUAUGAGUACUAUUUGAUGCGUGUGCGCAUGAACCUUCAUGUCGUUCUCUGCUUCUCACCAGUCGGAGAAAAGUUCCGGGCACGCUCGCUGAAAUUUCCUGGGUUGAUCUCUGGCUGUACCAUGGACUGGUUCCAACGUUGGCCAAGAGAUGCUCUUAUCUCUGUGGCUGACCACUUCUUGGCAGAGUUUAAGAUCGAAUGUACACCAGAAGUGAAGAAACAGAUCAUUCAGUGUAUGGGAAUUAUACAUGAUGGUGUGGCAGAAAGCUGUGCCAGUUACUUUCAGAAGUAUCGACGUUCCACUCAUGUCACUCCAAAAUCUUACCUGUCUUUCAUCAAUGGUUACAAAACUAUCUACACAGACCAGCGUAAUGAGAUUGGGGAACUGGCCGACAGGAUGAACACAGGUCUAGAGAAACUGAUCGAGGCCUCACAGCAGGUGGCACAGCUCAGUGAGGAGCUGGCGGUCAAGGAGAAAGAACUCGCUAUUGCCUCUGAGAAGGCUGAUAAAGUGUUGGCAACAGUGACAGUCAAGGCUCAGGCAGCUGAGAAGGUCAAGGCACAGGUGAAAAAAGUCAAGGAUAAGGCACAAGCUAUUGUAGAUGCCAUUGAGCAGGACAAGGCAAUUGCUGAAGAGAAACUAGAGAAAGCUCGGCCUGCCCUAGAGGAAGCAGAAGCUGCUUUGAACACUAUCAAACCAGCAGAUAUUGCCACUGUGAGGAAGCUUGGCAAACCUCCUCAUCUCAUUAUGAGGAUUAUGGACAACGUACUGCUUCUCUUUCAGAAACGUAUCAAUACUGUAGAAAUGGAUCCAGAGAGAAUUUGUGCCAAACCAUCCUGGAGUGAAUCACUCAAGCUGAUGUCAGGUACUAACUUCCUCCAGACUCUUGUUAACUUUGAGAAAGACAAGAUAAACGAUGAGGUUAUAGAGCUAAUGCAGCCUUACUUACAAAUGGAAGACUACAAUUUUGAGACAGCUAAGAGGGUUUGUGGUAAUGUUGCUGGUCUUUGCUCCUGGACCUUUGCCAUGGCUUCUUUCUUUGCCAUCAACAAAGAAGUUCUUCCACUCAAGGCUAAUUUAGCUAUCCAGGAGGCCAAGUUAAAUGUUGCUAUGGGAGACCUCAACACUGCUCAAGCCCAGCUGGAUGAGAAGGAGGCUGAACUGGCUGAAGUGAUGGCCAUGUAUGAUGCAGCUAUGAGGGAAAAACAGAAACUGGUGGAUGAUGCCGAGACGUGUCGUAGAAAGAUGAACGCAGCCACAGAACUGAUCAAUGGUCUGGCAGGAGAGAGGAAGAGAUGGACAGAACAGAGUCAGGAAUUCAAGGCACAAAUUGGCAGACUUGUCGGAGAUGUCCUCGUAUGUACUGCCUUCCUGUCAUACUCUGGACCAUUCAACCAAGAUUACCGUCUGGUCCUCAACAAAAACUGGUUCAAGGAACUGAAGACAAGAAAAAUCCCAUUCACUCUUAACCUCAAUGUCAUAGACAUGCUUACAGACCCCACCACAGUUGGAGAAUGGAACUUACAAGGCCUGCCCAAUGAUGAAUUAUCAACACAAAACGGUAUCAUCGUAACAAAAGCAGCUCGCUAUCCUCUACUGAUAGAUCCCCAGGGCCAGGGCAAAAACUGGAUCAAAUCUCGUGAGGGCAAGAACGAGCUCCAGAUCACUGCACUCAACCACAAGUAUUUCCGUACCCAUCUUGAAGACUCAAUGUCCUUGGGACGACCUCUUCUGAUUGAAGACAUUGGAGAGGACCUUGACCCUGCCCUGGACAAUGUGCUUGAGAAGAAUUUCAUCAAAGUUGGGUCAACUUUGAAGGUGAAGGUUGGUGACAAGGAGUGUGACAUCAUGAAGGGCUUCACUCUGUACCUCACAACAAAGCUGGGCAACCCCUCUUACACACCAGAGGUCUCUGCUCGGUCCUCCAUCAUUGACUUCACUGUUACAAUGAAGGGACUGGAAGAUCAGUUGCUUGGACGUGUCAUUCUAACAGAGAAGGCUGAGUUAGAGUCUGAGAGAGUGAAGCUGAUGGAGGACGUACAGGCAAACAAGAAAAAGAUGAAGGAACUGGAAGACAAUCUCCUCUUUAGACUUACAAGUACCAAGGGAUCCCUGGUGGAUGAUGAGGAUUUGAUCAAUGUGUUGCACGUAACCAAGACAACCUCCAUCGAGGUCAGUCAGAAGCUUCAGACAGCAGCUGAGACAGAGAUCAAAAUCACCGCUGCUCGUGAAGAGUUCCGUCCGGUAGCUGCUCGUGGCUCCAUUCUAUAUUUCCUCAUUGUGGAGAUGGGACUGGUGAACUGCAUGUAUCAGACAUCUCUCAAACAGUUCCUGCACCUGUUUGACCUCUCAAUGGCCAGGUCCCAGAAGUCUCCCAUCACACAGAAGCGUAUCACCAACAUCAUUGAAUACAUGACAUUUGAGGUGUUUAAAUAUGCCUCCCGUGGCCUGUACGAAACCGACAAGAACACUUUUACACUGUUGCUUGCACUUAAGAUUGAUUUGGCUGCUGGCAAAAUCAAACAUGAAGAAUUCCUCACCCUCAUCAAAGGUGGUGCUUCCCUGGAUAUGAACGUGGUCACGCCCAAGCCACACAGGUGGGUGGUUGACCUCACCUGGCUUAACCUUGUGGAGCUAAGUAACCUCCAUCAGUUCUCGGGUAUCCUGGAGCAGGUAACCAGGAAUGAGAAACAGUGGCGCCAUUGGUUUGACAAGGACGCUCCUGAGGAAGAAGUCAUUCCUGAUGGCUAUAACAACACACUUGAUGUGUUCAGACGUCUGCUUCUGGUGCGCUCCUGGUGCCCAGAUCGUACCAUGGCUCAGGCACGGAAGUACAUUGCUGACACACUUGGUGACAAGUAUGCUGAAGGUGUUAUCCUUGACCUUGAGAAGAUGUGGAUGGAAAGCACCAGUAGAUCACCUCUGGUCUGUCUGCUGUCCAUGGGGUCAGAUCCUACCACUCUCAUCGAGGCCCUAGCAAAGAAAAACAAAAUAGAAUGCCACGCCAUCUCUAUGGGUCAGGGCCAGGAAGUGCAUGCCCGCCGUCUGUUGACCCAAGGGGUCCAGGGUGGGGGCUGGCUGCUGCUGCAGAACUGCCAUCUCAGUUUGGACUAUGUGGAGGAAGUCUUGGACCAGUUGAUUGAGAUUGAAAACAUCCAUGAUGAGUUUAGGGUUUGGGUGACAACUGAGGUCCAUCGCAAGUUCCCCAUCAACUUCUUACAGAUGUCCAUUAAAUUCACCAAUGAGCCUCCCCAGGGUAUGAAGGCAGGUCUGAAACGAUCAUACGCAGGCAUGACUCAGGAUUUUAUAGACAUCUCUAACAUGCCCCAAUGGAAACCCAUGCUGUAUGGAGUUUCAUUCCUCCAUUCAGUUCUUCAGGAGCGUAGAAAGUUUGGACCUCUUGGCUGGAAUAUUCCGUAUGAGUUCAAUGCUGCUGACUACAAUGCUAGUGUUCAGUUUGUACAAAAUCAUUUGGAUGACAUGGACCUGAAAAAGGGAGUGAAUUGGACAAAUGUGCGUUACAUGUUUGGAGAGAUCCAGUAUGGAGGCCGUGUGACUGACGACUAUGACAAGCGUCUGCUCAACACAUUCUGCAAGGUGUGGUUUGGGGAACAAAUGUUCCAGUCCAACUUUGUGUUUUACAAGGGGUAUGUAAUUCCAAAAUGCAACAAACUUACCGAGUACCUCGAGUUCAUCAGUGGACUCCCAACAACAGACACACCAGAGGUGUUUGGUCUCCAUGGCAACGCUGAUAUCACCUACCAGAGCCAGACAGCAAAGUCUGUCCUGGAUACAAUCCUUGAGAUUCAGCCCAAAGACAGUAGUGGUGGUGGCGGUGAGACACGCGAGUCUGUUGUCUACCGUCUGUGUGAUGACAUGUUGGAUAAACUUCCCAAUGACUAUGUGCCCUAUGAGGUGAAGGCACGCCUCCAGAAGAUGGGCCCCUUCCAACCAAUGAAUAUUUUCCUGAGGCAGGAGAUAGACCGCAUGCAGAAGGUCAUUGCUACUGUACGCUUCACUCUCAACGACCUGAAACUAGCUAUUGAUGGUACCAUCAUUAUGAGUGAGAAUUUGCGAGAUGCUCUUGACUCCAUGUAUGAUGCCAGGAUACCCAAGUUAUGGCAGAAGAUUUCCUGGGACUCCAGCACCCUUGGAUUCUGGUUUACUGAACUGAUUGACAGGAACACUCAGUUCCACAGCUGGUGUUUCGAUGGUCGUCCUAACACGUUCUGGAUGACAGGAUUCUUCAAUGCUCAAGGAUUCCUUACAGCUAUGAGACAGGAAGUGACCCGUGCUCACAAGGGCUGGGCACUGGACAGUGUAAUCCUCCACAACGACGUUACACGAUACAGCCGUGAUGACAUCACCACGCCACCUUCUGAAGGUGUAUAUGUAUAUGGUCUGUUCCUAGAAGGCGCUGGUUGGGAACGACGAGGCUGCCGAUUGAUUGAACCAAAACCUAAAAUAUUGUUUGAGACCAUGCCGGUAAUCCAUAUCUAUGCCAUCAACAGUACGGGUGGCCAGGAUGCCCGCAUGUACUCCUGUCCUAUCUACAAGAAACCCCGAAGGACUGACCUCACAUACAUCGCAGCGGUCAACCUGAAGACCAAUCAGAACCCUGACCACUGGAUCCUUCGUGGUGUUGCUUUGUUGUGUGAUACAAAGUAGGCAGGCUGACAGUAACUUGAAUUUGCAUAAACUUUUUACAGCAACAAAAAAUGCCACCAACAAAAGUAUUUAUGCGGAUCAAAAUUUCACGAAAAAUUUCAAAACUCUGUGAUAACGUAAAUCACGACGAGUAUUAGACAUUUUCUAUUUUCUCUUUUACAAACUUGACGUUGGUCCUACCUAAAACAUUGAUGUUAGUAGAAAUCUUUAGUUGUAGAACUUUAGAAAUGAUAAGUAGAGUCAUAUAUCUCUUAUAGUUCCAAACUGGAGUAAAUAAGCUCGGAAGAGAAGGCCUACGAUACUAAACCAAAGUAUUUAUAUGGUGUAUAGAAUUUGCUAACUGCUUUUGAUACUUUAUACCUGUGUUAUAUGUCACUACUUGUGAUAUCAUCUUCAUGCCUUAGAAAGUUCAGUAUUCCGUCCAUUAGGAGCCUUUAUAUCAUCAAUAGAAUUUAUAUCUCUUUAUUUUUACAUAUCUUAUGGUCUAUUACCAUUAAUGCAUUAAAAUCUGUCCGUCCCCCAAAACAUGUGAUACUAAUGGCUAUAAACUUUAGUUGUUUAAUGCUAUCGUCCAGAAUACCAAUGACAAAUAAUGAUAUUACAAAUCGUCUAUUUAAUUAUAUAUUUUAUGUUUGAAAACUAGAUACAGAUAGUGUUGUAUUUAGUUUAGAAUACCUCCAGUGCUCCUGAAAUCAUAUUUUCAUUUGAUUAACAGUUGUUCUUUAAAUCACAUAUCUUUUGUGUGUUCUUUAUUUCGUAUAUUAUUCUUAUAGGCUUUAUUUGUGGAACAUCUAAAUUUUUUACUGUUGUAACGGGGAAGGUUUUGUAUGGAAUCCCAUAUAAACCAGAAAAUUUCAUCUAAAGAUAGGCCUCCUUGAAAAUAUGAAACAAAAAUUAAUUAAAAAUCAAAUGAUUUGAUGUAAUUUACACUUUCUGUCCAUUUUUCUGAGAUUACAUAUAAAUGUAGUAUUUGUUAGUACGUAGUUAUUUUAUCUAACUUUCAGAAGGAAACGCGAACACCAUAACAAUGAAGUGAGAUAGAAAAUAGAGUUAUAUAACUAUUUAAAUUGAUACUGUGUAUACUGCUGAGGAUAAAUCGUACAAUGAUUAUCAAUGUCCUGAAAAAAUUACACAAAGUAAAAAACUUGUCUGUGAUACUAUUUCUCGCUAGAUUGUACAAGUUAUCUCCCCUUGUCCAUAAUUCCCCUCUGUGUAGACUAUGAUUAAAUACUAUCUCCAUGUUCAAUGUUAUUUAUAUACAAAUGCCAUUUUUGGUAUCUUGGCUAUAGUUGUUUAAAAUU